CCUCCUUUCCAUUCCCCCGUCUUUCUUGCAUUCCUCUUCGACAACCUCAUUUCACAAUGGUUGCCGAAUCUAGCAGUGCUCCCACUGCGACCCUCCAGAGAGUCGAUUCCCAGCCUGAGAACCCAUAUGCGGCCCUGAUUGAGGAUCAGUCAAUUGCAAUUAUCCCCUCAUUCACCCUCGAGUCCGGUGUUACUCUGUACAAUGUGCCGGUCGCCUACACUACCCGUGGUGUUCUAUCGCCCAAGGGCGACAAUGUCUUGGUGAUCUGCCAUGCCCUGAGUGGGAGUGCCGAUGUCGCCGAUUGGUGGGGUCCCCUCCUCGGUGGACCGGGUCAAGCCUUUGAUGUCUCCCGAUUCUUCGUCGUCUGCUUGAACAGUCUGGGCAGUCCAUAUGGUAGUGCCAGCGCGGUCACAUACAAGGAUGGUAAGCCUGAGAAUGGCUACUAUGGACCUGAAUUCCCCCUCACUACCGUGCGGGAUGACGUGAAUAUCCACAAGCUUGUCCUUGACGACCUCGGUGUCAAGCAGAUCGCUGCCGUUGUUGGUGGCUCCAUGGGUGGUAUGCUCACUCUGGAGUACUCGUUCUUUGGCAAGGACUACGUCCGUGCCAUUGUCCCAAUCGCGACCUCUGCUCGCCACUCCGCGUGGUGCAUUAGCUGGGGCGAAGCCCAGAGACAAAGCAUCUACAGCGACCCCAAGUAUGAUGACGGAUACUACGCGUUCAAUGACCCACCUGCGACCGGUCUGGGAGCGGCCCGUAUGUCGGCAUUGCUCACAUACCGCAGCCGAAACUCAUUCGAGUCACGGUUCGGCCGCAACGUGCCGGACCCCUCCAAGCGCCAGAACAUCAACGGCACUGACAAGUUGCCCACGCCUCCCAACGAGCACUGGGCUAUUCACAAUGAUGGUCACCGUGGUGGAGUUACCUCCCGAUCGGAGAGCCGACAGGGCUCCCCUGUCCCCUUGGCGGAUGUUCAGUACAUGGACCCCCAGUUCUCCGGCACCAAGACCUUCUCUGCACCUACCCCGACUAAGCCGGAUGGUCGCCCACGUCCGCCAACCUACUUCUCUGCUCAGUCAUAUCUACGUUACCAGGGCGAAAAGUUCGUCAAGCGCUUUGAUGCCAACUGUUAUAUUGCUAUGACCCGCAAGCUGGACACUCACGAUGUCUCUCGGCACCGUGCAAGCCCGGAUUCAGAGAACCCCGUCCUGGAGGCUCUGUCUAAGGUUGAGCAGCCCGCCCUUGUUCUGGGAAUCGAGUCCGAUGGCCUCUUCACAUUUGCCGAGCAGCAGGAAGUUGCUGCUGGUAUUCCUGACUCGAGACUGGAGCGUAUCGAUAGCCCCGAGGGCCACGACGCCUUCCUGCUGCAGUUUGAGCAGGUCAACCGCCACAUUGUAGCCUUCUUCCACGAAGUCCUGCCCGACAUCAUGUCUCAGUCCAACGUUGAUGGUGCUGCCGCCGUGGCCAGCGUCAAAAAGCUAACGAAGAGCAGCACCUUCGGUGAAGCCGAGGUGGAGGAUAUCACUGCGUGGUAAAUCCUCACCAUGAAAUAAGAUAACAAUGGCGCAGUCACUUGCAGCCACCCCCAUGCUCCUGUCCCAGACACCGGACUCCCGCCCGGGAGCCGUCCUUCCUCGUGGCUCACCACGAACGGGGCGCGCUUCCAAGCGUGAGCUCCCAUUGCCUGGGCAGGUACCAUGGCGUUAUCAGGGGAAGUAGAGGUUGCCGAUCUUUUAUCCGUUUCGCUAGUCAGGGAGAUGAGCAUCCAACUGCCUCUCUCGAAUCUCACCUGGUCCAUUGCCACGUUUUCGUUAGCAAAACCUUGUCGAGAAGACUGCCAAAGAAGCAUCCAACUGCUCUCCAUCUGACCCACCCUCUGGGUCGCUUUUCCAAGCGAAAAAUCGUCUGGAGGUUGAUGGGUCUAUUUUGAACAAUCCGAUAACCAGGGUUUUAUCACUAUUCUUUUCGCACUGGUUAUCCGUGCGGCGAACGCGUCGCUCUUUUAUCUAGUCGUAUCAACGCUAUAACAACAAUCGAUGAUCUUGUAGACUAUCC